GUCUUGCAAUUCGGCGGACGCGCAACCGGCAAACUGUGCUAUGCAGUUUGUUCAGAUUGUGUCUUGGGCAGAUUGCGACGAUCGUGGACGUCACAUGCGCUGCCGUCCACAGCAAAUUCGAAGGCAUCUGCAGACUGUUUAGAGUACGUGAUCCAGGUCGACCGAACUCAGGGUGACGUGCUGGGUCUCCAAGUGGACACAGCUCCUGAUGGUCGUCUGUGUGUCCUGGGGGUCAAGCCCGGACUGGUCCAACUCUGGAACGACAUGAACCCCUCCACAGAGGUGUCGCCCGGAGACUUCCUAGUGUCGGUCAACGGGCAGAGACGCGAUGCAAGCGGAUUGAUGGAGAUUUGUCGGCAACAGCAGCCUCUGGAGCUUCGGUUUCGCAGGGAGCCGGCUGCUGCACCUGCCUUGGCAGAGGACACAGGUCGGCAGCGCGAGCCGGCUUCGAAAGGUGGCCUGCUUAGCAAGCCCGAGACGCAGCCGUUGAGCCCCAGUUCUACCGAGUUGGAGGACGAUCCACUGACAAGGGUGGCAGAGGCUCCUGAGAAGGCUGCGCCGAGAAAGCCACAAAUGAAAUCAGUACGCUUCAACAAAGGCCCAGAAGCUGCAGGACAAGAGGACAAAGCGCCACGUCUUGCAGUUCCAGCAUUUGGCGACCUGUCCACUGAACAAGGUGGAAGCGGGGGAAGCAGCUCCAGUCGACCUGGAAGACAAACUCGACCGAGUCCAAGGGAACCCAGAAAGGCGGAUAGUCCUUCUGGCCCG